CCUCUGGCAGGUUAAAGCCAUUCCCCCUCGUCCUGUCCCUCCAGGCCCUUGUCCAAAGCCCCUCUCCAGGUUUCCCGUCAGCCCCAUCUCGCCCCCUCCCUGCUUUUCUCCCCGCUGCCCACAGCCGGGGCUCAGCCUCUGGUGUCACCUCCUGUACCCCAGCAGAGACCCCCGGGGAAGGGUCAGUGGCCAAACCUGCCCCGAAGGGAGGGGAUGGGGGAUCCUCUGCUCCUGGUGGUGCUGUGCUCCUGGCCUGCGUGACCGGUGCGCUGGACAUGUCCCGGGACCGCUUCCCGCAUCCCACUGGGAACUGGGGCACGUGGCCCGUGCUGCGGCAAUGGUGGCGAUUCACGUUCACCCCUUUGCACCUCCCCGGGCGCUCCCACCCAGCCCCGGGCAGGUUAUUGCCCGACACCUCCCUGCGAACCUGCUGCGGGCGGCGCUGGCCCCGCCCGUGUCCGCCUGCGGGGCAGGUGCGGGACGGGAACGGCUCUGGAAGGAGCGCGAGUGGAGCGGGACAGGAAGGACGGAGCGGGGCCGCGCCGCGGGUCCGGCGUCUACCCUGGUCCACCAGGGAGGGGCAGGUGUGGGUCAGCCGCCCCGUGCGGUGGUUGCAGGCAGUGGCAUCCCCCCAUGGGGUGGCAUUGGCGCUGGUGUGACCCGGUGGGCUUCGCUGUCCUGGUCCUGGCAGGGGCUGAGCCCUGUCCCCACAUCCCCCCGGCACCGCGUGAGGACUCCCCGCCGCGGGUCAGACUGGUCCUUCAUGCCGGCGAAGCUGAGGAGAAGCCGAAGGGGGACGCUGGAGGCGAAGCGGUGGCAGAGCCUGGAGGAGAGGGGCAGUCCUCGGCCGCGGUGUCCCGUGCUCACCAGGUCCCAGACCUGCGACCCCUCCUUCUGCAAGCAGACAGAGCCGGGUGCCGUGGGCAGGGGCGAGCAGGGACCUCCGUCCCCACCGGGUCCUGCCCCACAGGUGCCCAAGGGAGCUGCUGGGUACCAUAAAGCCUUCGGGGAGCUGGCGGCACGUGAGACGCUGCUGUUCUGCUCCUCCUGUGCCUGGCACAGAGAUGUGCCCUACCAUGGCCGCCUGUACAUCUCCUCCAACCACCUCUGCUUCCACGCCAGCCUCCUGCGCAAGGACGUCAAGGCAGUGGUCCCCAUCGCCUCCAUCUUGUCCCUCAAGAAGACCAACAUGGCGCUUCUGGUGCCCAAUGCGCUCAGCAUCCACACAGCCACAGGGGAGAAGUUCCUCUUCAUGUUGCUGCGCCGGCGCGAGGCCACGUACCGGCUCCUGAAGUCCCUCUGCACACACCUGCAGGACAAUGACUGGAGCCCUCUGGCCUCUCUGAGCAAUGAGGAAAGCCUUAAGGAGCCCCUGACCUCGAGCCAGUCGGACCUGGAGCAGAGCACGUUGGAGCCCAACAGUCUCCGGGCGCUGCCGGAUGGGCUGAGCUCGACGCCGAGGCAAUCAGAGGAGGAAGAGGAUGAUGAAGAGGCGGCAGCGCUGGUUCUGAGCAGCAGUGAAGGGGAGCCCUUUGCCAAGCCCCACAGCCCCUGGGCAGGGGGACCCCACUCCACACUCUGGGCCUGGAACACCACCACUCAGCUGAGCCCUCUCACCACCAUCAUCAUCAUCUACCUGCUGCUCGUGGUGGCCCUGCUGCUGUCCUCGGGGUACAUCGCCCUGCGCACCCUGGAGCUGGAGCAGCAGUUGGCGGCCGCAGCGGCUUGGCCGGGCCUCAACCUGUCACAGCAGUACAGGACGAGAUGAGGCCAGCAAGGACCCACUAUCACCAGGGCCCCACUGGGGGGACAGGCUCAGGGGCUGCUCUGAGCCUCCCCCAGCACCAGGUGCCUUCUGCCCCCCAUACACAUGGGAAGCCCCCACAGGCUGUGGGGCUCCAUCCUGCUGCCCUCCAGGUGUCCCCACCCUGAGGAGCAGCAGGAGGAGCCUGGGGGGGGCUGGGGUCAGGCACCCACCAUCCCCAUCCCUCCCCACCGGGGUGGGGAACAAGGAGACAGACUAUUUAAUUAAUAAACAAUCAAUUAACAAA